AUGCAGAGUGCUAGAUUAAUGGUGAUAUUUAUGUUGACCUUUGCUAUUAUAAACGGUAUUUCAUCAUCAGGAAUCGAUUAUGCGGAUAUUUGGGAUGAGGAGGCCCUGCAACGAAGCCGCCGACAGGACGAUCUCAUGUUCGACGUGGACAAAAAAUGGUCGAAGGAAUUGGUGGAGGAUCGCGGCAUGAAGGAGCAGGACAUGCAACGGUUGUCAUCCAAGUACAUCCUGGGAUUGUACCAGCGGCUCAACCUGGGCCUAGACCUGCGACAGGCAACUGGACACGGGCGGCUUCAUGAUGCAGUUUAUGGAGACACCAUCAGGGCUUUUCCAACAAAAAUUAACCUCAAGAAGCUGAGAAGACGCGAGGUCAGCUUGGCAUUCAACCUCGGAGCCAUAUUAAACAAAGGUGCCGUAAAGUUAGCCGAAUUACGCCUUCGACCGACCCGCCAUAUCAAGAACGUGGGAUUUUACCGGAUUUCGGCCAUCUUACAAGAAGGUUCAAUAAGGAAAAUAUCUCGCAAGUUUUGGGUAAAAACAUAUAUGGAUGACAUCAACGGAUUUUUCUGUCUUAAUCUAACAUCGGUGGUGCUCCAGUGGGAAAGCAGACAUAUCAACCAUAAUGACACGCUGGAAAUAACGCUGUUGCGUCCAAAACGGAUUGUCAGACGGCGGGAAAGGAGAAGCAAUGACCUAGAUGGUAAACAGGAAAUGACGUCAGUUGAAGAGAAGACAUACGUUGACAAUGAUGAAGCCAUUUUGUUGGUUGUCUCGGAAGAGGGAAAAUUAUUCAAAUCACAAUUUAAAGCUGCAUUUCGUGACGCGGCAACCAGCAAGAAAGUUAAAAGAGCUGCAAAAAAGAAACGAAAAGGUCGCUCAAAAUGGAAACAGGCGAAGAAGCAAAAGAAACAAUGUGCGAGUUACGAGUUUGAAAUAGACUUUAGAACUCUCGGGUGGGGAGAAUGGAUUAUUGAGCCAAAGGUUUUCAAUGCUAAAUUAUGUUACGGUGAAUGUUCGUUGCCUAUCAAGCGGACUUACAAUCCAACAAACCAUGCAAUGAUGCAAGGACUAAUGAUGUCCAAGGGAAGUGACCAGCUGGGGUCGCCUUGCUGUGUGCCGAGCAAGUUGGUGCCACUCAGUAUGUUGUACUAUGAGGACAAGGCGAUAGUCGUGAGACAUCAUGAACAGAUGGUGGCGGCGGAGUGUGGAUGUGUAUGA